CGUACCGCGACGAUCUCAAGGCACGGUUCCCAGAUCUUAACCGCAAAGCGCGGAGUUAUGAUAUACACGUGCGCUUUUAUCACGAACAUCUAUUAGAACGGUUACGAAUGUGCGGAGAGCGGCAGAGGAUAGUACCGCAAAAACACGAUUUCUCGGACACUACGUUAGCUUCAAACAAUAAGUGCUGCGUAUGCCAAAAACAGGCUGUGCGCAUGUCCAAAUGUUCUGGCUGCGGUGUAGCGGCGCAUGAGGAAUGCAGCAAUCGCAUCUCAUUCAACUGCGGAACGGCUGGUCGGAUCCGGGUCAAAUACAAAUACUCACGAGAGAUAAUUCAUGCCAAAGACGUCUACGUUCCCUUCUAUAAUGCACUAUGUACGAAUAAUUUCUGCGUCUUGAGGUAUUUGAACCUGAAGGUAACGCAGCAGCGAGAGGCCUUUUCAAAAGCUUUGAUGCGCGUCUUCAUAAAACAAAAAAACACACAAAGGAUAAUCAAGGGUCUCGUUGUUGACGAAAUAGCCAAUACACCCGACAUGAAAAUUGUCUUCCGUCACAAUAGUCUGACGACGAAAAGUAUAGACUACUCCAUGAAGGUAUUCGGUCACGAGUAUCUCGCCCAAGUGCUCUGUCCCGUUAUCUACCACGUGUGCAAAUCGGACGCGAACCGGUGUGAGAUGGACCCCACACGUGUGAAUGCAGAACAAAAGUAUAGCGAGGAGGAAACGAACCAGCUUGUUGAUCAGAACUUCCGCACACUCAGAGAGAUCUGCACAGCUCUACUAGCACGUAUAUAUGCGACAAAAAGGAAGAUCCCAGCGCAAAUACGAUUGACAAUGCAGGUGAUCAGGGAGAGUGUCCUGGCUGAAAGCGAAACACGGGGCAUUGACCCAAUGAAGGACGAUGUGACUUACGUAUCACUCACUGCCUUCCUGUUUCUGCGCUUUUUCUGCCCGGCGCUGCUGAAUCCGAGCUUAUUCAACCUGUUAGACGAACCUCCAGAGCCCAGCGCUGCUCGCGAUAUGACACUCCUAGCCAAAACUAUACAGACCUUAGCCAACAUGUCGUCAUUCUCGAACAAGGAGUCCUUCAUGUUGCCAAUGAAUGAGUUCCUCCAAGCAGAACGGCCGAAAAUGAGACAAUAUCUGGAUUUCGUGAGUAGUCCUAUGGAUGAGGAUUCAAAAGCAGUCGCUAUACCAGAACCAUAUUUAGAUGACAGUAUAGAUCUCCCCAAAGAACUGGUGCGCGUUCACCGCCAUCUGCGCCAUGUCCAGCCAUUGAUGCAAAGUCAUUUAGACGAGAUCUCCACGGAGAAUGAGCAUGAAGACUGCGACGGUUUCCGCAAUGUUAUCAAGCAAGUGGACUACAUCACCGAACUCAAUCUGGCCGAGGAGAAAACGGUGUCGUAG